AUGUCGGACUGCGAGACGAACACGCAGACGGGUCGUCUUUCUUUGAAAACAGUAGAGCAGGUGUUUUCGGAGACCAUUUUUGGAGACAACUCAGAGGUGGAAGAUUUAUCAGAUGUUGAUGAUGACAUGCUGGACACUGAUUAUGAACCUCCACAACGGGAGCGGAGCUGCAGUGAGGACAGCAGAGGGGACGAGGAUCCUAUUCUCCAGCCCAUUGAGCUCAACAGGGGACCAGUGCAGAAGCUACCAACAGACAAAAUGAUGAAAAAGGCUGGAAGAGGUACCUCAGCAGAGGUAACUACUGAGGAUGGAAAGAUGUCUGUGGUGAAUUGGUACGACAAUAAAACGGUCCUGAUGUCUACUGUUCAUGGUACACAGCCAGAAGACACCUGCAAGCGAUGGGACAAGAAACAGAAACGAUAUGUGACCAUCUCACGACCAAGCGUCAUUCGCGAAUACAACUCCAAGAUGGGUGGGGUAGAUUUGGUAGACCGGAUGAUGAGUUACUAUCGUAUGAGCGUCCGUGCAAAGAAGUGGACCUUGCGCAUGCUAAUGCACUUUACAGACCUGGCUUUAGCCAACAGCUGGCUACAGUACCGCAAAGAUCUAACUGCAUGUAGUACACCAAAGAAGAGCAUCAUUCAGUUCCUUGAGUUUCGUACAGAAGUCGCUCAGACAUUCUUAGCCCAGCAAUACCUCAGAGAAGACAACACUAACUUUUCGAAACUGGCAAAGGAUCCUGAGCUUCCGGAACCAAGAACAAACCAUCCAGUGAGGGCAGUGCCCCAUAUUUCACAGUGGUGGACUGACGAUGUGGUGUGGCAGAGGUUGGGGGGGUGUGUGGGGGAGAGGAGCUGA